UGGACUGGAUCAGCCGGGCCUUCGGGGACGGCUCCGCGCUGCUGAAGCACGAGCUGGCCUACUGCCUGGGCCAGAUGCGGGACGAAGCGGCCAUCCCGGUGCUCACCCGGGUGCUGGAGGACACCGGUCAGGAGCCCAUGGUCAGGCAUGAGGCGGGUGAAGCCUUGGGUGCUAUUGGGAAUCCUGAUGUGCUGGAUAUCCUGAAACGCUAUUCAGAGGAUCCUGUGGUUGAGGUGGCAGAGACCUGUCAGCUGGCGGUGAGGAGGCUGGAGUGGCUGCAGGAGAACAAGCAGGAGCCGAGCACCAGCCCCUACCUCUCCGUGGAUCCCGCUCCCCCUGCCGAGGAGACUGACGUCGCCAAACUCCGCAAAACCCUCCUGGAUGAGUCGUGCACGCUGUUCGACCGCUACAGGGCCAUGUUUGCCCUGCGAAACCUGGGCGGCCAGGCUGCUGUGCUGGCGCUGGCGGAUG